AUGCAUCUCUGGAAGCAGCUCGUGCUGGCUGCGCUUCCGUGUCUCCCAACUGCUUUGGGACAAAGUGUUCUGGACCUGAGCGGUGAUGGGUGGACGGUUAGUAGCAAGGCGCUGAAUAUCAGUGUCCCCGGUCGUGUUCCUUCGCAGGCGCAUCUAGAUCUGUUUGCUGCUGGUGCUAUUGAUGAUCCUUACCACGGUCUGAAUGAUUUUGACUUGCGUUGGGUUGGAAACAAUAACUGGACAUACACGAGCAAACCAAUUCAAGGCUUGUCAAAUAAGUCCAAGUCGUCUUGGCUUGUGUUUAAUGGACUGGACACUUUCACAACCAUCGAAUUCUGCGGACAGUUCAUUGGAACCACUGACAACCAGUUCCGCCCAUACACUUUCGACAUCUCUGAUGCAUUGAGCAGGUGCAAAGGCUCGCCAACUGUAUCACUGAACUUUGGAAGUGCCAUCAAGAUUGCCAACGAUAUUGCUGCCCAACCCGAUGCUCCAGAAUGGCCUGCCGGAGUCCAAGGAACAUUUGAAUUCCCCAACCGCUGGUUCAUCCGCAAAGAGCAAUCCGACUUUGGUUGGGAUUGGGGUCCAGCCUUCUCGCCAGUUGGACCAUGGCAAAAUGUGUACCUCGUACAGUUCGAGCGCGACGAGGGCGCGUAUGUCCUCAACACCGAUCUUGACAUCUACCGAAAGAACCAGGUCAAUCAUAUUGCCCCGGAUCAGAGUCAGCCAUGGGUUGUGAAUGCAAGUAUCGACUAUCUUGGCUCUCUCCCCAGCAAACCGUCCAUGGCCAUUGAAAUCAAAGAACUCGAGUCGGGCAAAGUUCUGAAGUCUGGAUCACUUGACAACAUUUUCAUGACCGAGCAAACUAUCACGGGUACCACCGUGGUCGACGCAGACGCAGCCAACCUCUGGUGGCCCGCAGGUCUGGGCAAGCAGAACCUGUACAAUAUCACAGUUACAAUUCAGGAUAAGAACCAAGACUUGGUGAGUGUCACUAAGCGCACUGGCUUCCGCACCAUCUUCCUCAACCGAUCGAACAUCACCGAAGAGCAGUUAGCUCAGGGUAUUGCCCCAGGCGCCAAUUGGCAUUUCGAGGCCAACGGCCGUGAAUUCUACGCCAAAGGAUCCAAUCUGAUUCCGCCAGACGCUUUCUGGCCCCGAGUCACAGAGGCCAAGAUGCAGCGACUAUUUGAUGCCGUUGUCGCCGGAAAUCAGAAUAUGCUCCGGGUCUGGUCUUCUGGUGCUUACCUCCCAGACUUCAUGUACGAUCUAGCUGAUGAGCGUGGCGUCCUGCUGUGGAGUGAAUUCCAAUUCAGCGAUGCUUUGUACCCGACAGAUCAACCGUUCUUGGACAACGUUGCAGCUGAAGUUGUCUACAAUGUUCGACGCGUCAACCAUCAUCCCUCGCUUGCACUAUGGGCUGGUGGAAACGAGAUCGAAAGCUUGGAAUUACCAGAGGCAGAGGAAAAGGCACCAGAGCGAUACGCAUACUACGUAGGCGACUACGAGCACCUUUUUAUUACCUUGAUCCUUCCCCUGGUCUACGAGAACUCGCGCUCAAUCUCGUACAUGCCCAGUAGCACAAACAACGGGUUCCUAGAGGUCGACCUCUCCGCCAAAAUCCCCAUGGUCGAGCGCUACGACAACGGCACAGACGCAGCAGGAUAUUACUACGGAGACACAGACUACUACAACUACGACAGCAGCGUAGCCUUCGACGUCGAAGGCUACCCAGUCGGACGAUUUGCCAAUGAAUUUGGCUACCACAGCAUGCCAAGUCUACAAACCUGGCAGCAAGCCGUCGACGACGAAGACCUCCAUUUCAACAGCAGCACCAUCAUGCUCCGGAACCACCACUAUCCCGCCAAUGGACCUGAUACCCAUAACUACAAGAAUACAUCCAUGGGAAUGGGCGAAAUGACACUGGCUGUGCAGCGAUACUACCCAACACCCAACAAACACGACGCCGUCGCGAACUUCAGUGCUUGGUGUCAUGCGACACAGCAUUUCCAGGCCGACAUGUACAAAUCCGAGAUCCAAUUCUACCGGCGUGGCAGUGGAAUGCCUGAGCGGCAGCUUGGUUCUUUGUAUUGGCAGCUAGAGGAUAUCUGGCAAGCGCCGACGUGGGCUGGGAUUGAGUAUGAUGGGCGCUGGAAGGUGCUUCACUAUGUUGCGCGUGAUGUCUUCAAGCCAGUUAUCGUUUCUCCGUUCUGGAAUUCUUCGACUGGGGAUUUGGAUGUCUAUGUUACUUCUGAUCUCUGGGAGGACGUUCGUGGAACGGUGAAUCUUACUUGGGUUGAUUUGGCUGGGCGGCCGAUAUCUGGGAACGCCGGGACGCCGAAGAGCAAGGAGUUCUCUGUUGGUGCGCUGAAUACUACGAACAUCUAUUGGACUAAUGUAUCGAAGCUGUCUUUGCCAAAUGUGCAGGAUGCUGUUUUGGUUAUUGACCUCCUUGCUCGGAGUCAUCUUCCUAAUUCUGAGAGUGAGGCUUUGACUACGUUUACCCACCGGAAUCAGAUUACACCUGUCUAUCCUAAGGAUCUCCAGCUCAAAGAUCCAAAGCUCAGUCUAUUGCAUGAUGCCAAGUCCGGUGUGUUCACCGUUGAGGCGAAGAGUGCAGUCUCGCUGUACACUUGGAUUGAUUACCCCGCUGGUGUGGUGGGAUACUUUGAAGACAACUCAUUUACCCUGAUUCCUGGCGAGAAGAAGACUUUCAAGUUUGUUGUGCAGAAGGAUGAGACUGGUGGGAAGUGGGUGGAUGGUGUUACUGUGCGGAGCAUGUGGGAUCAAACCACGUCCUGA